UGGAAAUUAAAAUGCCAACCAAUAUCUAUGAUGUGAACAGAACAGCAGCCGCAUUUAGUUUUAUAGGUGGUUUCCCCAGAGUAAUUGGUGCCAUAGAUUGCACGCACAUACCUAUUAAGGCACCUAUUGAAAAUGAACAUAUUUAUGUAAAUAGAAAGAGUUUCCAUUCUCUGAAUGUGCAAGUCAUUUGCAAUGCUGAGAUGCUGAUUACCAGCUUCAGUGUCAAGUAUCCUGGUGCCACAAAUGAUGCCUUCAUUUGGAGAAAUUGCCCUUUAAGAGACAGAUUUGAGGCUGGGACCUUCAGAGAUUUUCAUCUGUUAGGAGACUGUGGAUAUCCUCUUGAACCAUACCUGCUGACACCCUUCCAUGACCCCAUGACUGAAGGUGAGCGGCAGUACAACAGGAGCCACAAAACUACAAGGGUCAUCAUUGAACAAACCUUUGGUGUCCUGAAGUCUCGCUUUCUCUGCCUUCACCGUUCAGGUGGAUCGCUGCAGUACGACCCCAAGAAGUGUGCUAAAAUAGCUGCUACGUGCAUGUGGCUCCACAAUAGGUGCAUAAGAAGAAGAAUUCCAAUGAUCGCACCAGUUGGGAAUGAUGAUGGUAUGAAUAAUGACAAUGACAUCAUACAUGGUGAUCACAACCCCACAGGGCAAGAUGUGAGGAGGGAAAUAGUUGAGGGCUUUUUCACCUAAAUGUAGACAGUUCAGUGACUAAGUGAUAUUAUGGUGCAUAUAGUAGUUGAAAUAAAUAUCUCAUUUGAAGAGGUAAUUCUAUUUGUACUUUUAUGUUACAUAGCAGGUGACAUAAAUAUGAUCUCAUUUAAUAACAGAUCCUGAACACUUUUGAUAUUUUGUUACUUACAUUUUAAUGCUAAAUAUACAGAUUUUUUUAAGUAUUUAUUUCUCUCUUCCCUCAAAAUAAUUACCCGUAGAGUAACAAAAAAAUAAACUUUCAACUAUAGCAUUUGAACUAGAAGCUUUUAUAUAUAUCACAUUUAUUUGUAUCAUAAAUAUAUUUACUCUUAUCACAGUAGAGCAGCGCCUCUGUGGUGCAGUGGGACGGAGAGAAGUCCUGCAUCCACGUUGUCACUGCCUUAUCACAGCAUUGUGUGACUAUAUAUUGCACUUUUAGGAUCUAAAAUAGCUACUGACUUUAAUAAGAAAGGUAAUAAAGGUAAUAUCUGUGCCCCAGGAUAGCAGUUUCUAGCCUGUCAAGCCUUGAACUAUUUUUUCUAGUAGGU